AUGAAACACGGCGACCAUGGCCAUGCGCUGAACAUGAAAACGAAUGGCUCUCCGAAGGCCAUGUCAACAGGCACAGAAAAUCGAAACGUGAUGAUCCUGGCCAGAAGGUAUCGCUGCCUGCAACCGGUGACGUUGUCGGCAAAGAAGUCGCGGCCAGACGAGGCUGUGUGGAGUCAGGGAGCGCCUCGACUUUUCCUUAACGCCAUCGUCGACAUCUUGCAGUGGUUGGGCUCCCUUGACUACAGGACUUUGCCCAGAACGAUGCAUGUCGAUCUGGUCCUUAGUGGGAUGUGCUACCAGUUUCUUUAUCUGACGAUCUUUAUCUGUGUCUAUGAACAUGGGUAA